AUGGCAGAUCCCUCGAGUUCUAACGAUACUCCCAGCGUUCGCUGGCAGUUCAUCGAUUCCUCCAACAACAGUCGAAGCAACCUGACACAAGUCAAGCGCCAUGUGAUGCAAGAGUAUAUGCGCCAAAAGAAAGGUGGAUCGCGACAAAGUGAGAGUGACGAGGAGCGUCCACAGCCCAAGCGUGGGAGACCUAAGAAGGCCCGGGCAAAACGAACUCCAGCCAAGAAAACCAGAUCAGAUAGUGACAGCAAUGAGCGCAAACCCCAGAAAAAAACAACACCAAAGGAAAUAUCGCCACCUGCAGAGGAUAUCGACGACGUUGAGGAGAUCGUGCGGGAGACGGACUUCUCAUCCAAUCUUCAAUUUAAUGAGCCUCACGAUGGGGCCGUGUUCCUGCCCUUUCGACCGUCACCUCAGUCCGAUACGUUUUUCCCGGAUACAUACAUUCCCGGAACUUAUAGUACGCAGAGCGAUGCUCUAGAUUUUAACGACUUCCUAUGGUCAUCCGCGCCGACAACACCCAAUGAAAUCAUGCAGUCACCAAAAACCAUGAUGAGUGCCGCUCGAACUGAUCCGUUUAAUACUCUCCCCAUCGAAUUGGACCAGGAUGGACAGAGGUUGUUCGACUUUUAUGUGAACACCAUGCCCGCAUGCUCCUACGGAUCUCAUUUCCGGACAGCCAAGGCCCACAAUUGGUAUACUGCCGUUUUUGUACCAGAGGGCAUGAAAGGUGCCGUCGCAUUUCAAAACACCAUCAUCGUUCACGCUGCAAAUACCUGGUCUUGGGUCCGCAAUGAGGGUCAAACUCCAAAUACACUUCUCCAUCGAGAUCGCGCCGUUACGAUGCUUCGCGAGCACGUUUCCAACAACCCGCAUGAUAUUUCCGAUGUCGCUAUCAUCUCAUGUCUAAGCGCUGCAGCCCUCGAGGACUUUGACCCUCGCCCAGGACGCAAAGAAAUCAGCUGGAUUCAUAUGCGCGCUGCGCGCGAGAUGAUUCGAGCGCGUGGUGGCCCUGCCGCAUUUGCAUAUACUCGUCUCGGCAUGUUGAUCAAUUGGCAAGACUAUAUCUUGUCCGGAUACGAGACACACGGACCGAGCUUCUUCUACGAAUAUAAUCAACCCUCGACAUACUCACAAGACUAUGUCUCUCAACUUCCUCCGAAUUGCCACUCGAUGCCUUCACCUCCUUAUUCAACCUCUUCUGCGCUCUCGGAUGUCUCCUGCCCUGAGCCCCCAACAACCCCCUCCCUCCCAGCAUCACCCAUCGAAGAAAUCAGAGAACAAUGUGAAGUCUUCCUUGAUUUUCUUCGACGCUGUGAGGAACUCUCCCUAUACCAGCGCGAUAAUCCCGAGUGCCUACACCCAGCCCGACAAACCAUAGUCGAACCAACAUGCCUUCUCCACCGAGUCCUCGCAGCACCCCCAGGCGCCAGAUUCUCUACAUCAGGCGAUCGCAAACAGAUGGUCGCUCGCCUGGUAGCGCUGAUGAUUCUGAAUGCAGCCCUCUGGGACUACCGACAUGCCCCGGCACGCGCAGGUCUCUUCCUCACGACGCUCGAGCGGGCAAUGAUCAACAGCGAAGUCGAGAUGAGCGGCUCAGUCGAAGCUAUUCUCCAAAUCCUACUGGAGUGCAACGAUGGAAAUAUGGAAGAGUGGUCUGAUGGUUCGUUCGAUGCCACAGCUCUGGGAGCAGACAUCCUGGACUUCUCUCAAUAUUCUGCAACAGCAACAUCGCCUUCUGCGCGUCCAUGGUUCGCUGGUCGAAUGUUGAAAAUUGCUAAGCGGUUGCGCUCUGAGACGUGGUAUCGCGUUAGUGAGUUUUUGUUUUCUUGCUUGACUAUGCAGGUUCAUGAGUCGAGUAUGGCGUUUUGGGAAGCGGAUUUACGACAGGAAAUUUUGGAUGCUCCGUUGACUAGUUAUCAUAUGCGCUCUUUAAUUGAGUGA